GUUUGAGAACUGAAAUACUAUCGAAAAAAAUAUUGAUACGGUUUUAGAGUGAAAUUUAUAAAAGAAACAAUAGAUGGUACUUUUUUUGAAUUAGGAACUUGAAAUGAGGAGAAAUCAAACAGCAGUCGAGUGAAUUUUUCUUGCGAAGUGUUUUGCUCAAUGAUUCACGAACACAGAAUUAAUAUUAAUUAUUGGCUGUUCAGAUAACGAGAGCAAUUUUUAUAAAAAAUAUCUCGAUGAUGAAUUGUUUACAUUCGAAAAUUAUAUUUUCAAAAUUUAUCGAGCGUGAAAAUUUAGUAAUUUUAUAUCUGAAAAGUCAAAUUUCUUGUGAUGCAUGUUACGUGUCGUUUGAUUAGUAUUUCUAAUUCGAUAAAUUGAAUAUAAGUCAAUAUGACGAGUGACAAGAAUAAAAACUCCAAUACCGAUGAUAAAAACCCAACGAAAAAAACGGUAACCGGAGCCUGUAAACCAUGCAUGCCUACAGCACGAGACGCAGAUGACAAAAAAGAAAAAACCACCGCCACAAAAAAUCCUUCGCUGAAUCAGACUUCAAACGCAAGCAGUUGCUACGCAAAAUGUGCUUCUCCGGCAGCCCAGCAAGCCUCUUCGUCUGCAACGAAAACCACCGUCGAACCUUCUGAUCAGACUACAAAAGUAGGCACUUGUUAUAGAAAAUGUGGACCUCCACAUUUACAACAGGAUCCGUCGUCAGCCCAGCCAGUUUCUUCGUCUGCACCCAAAGCUAUCGUUGACCCUACUACCCAGACUACGAAGGUCGGUAGCUGUUAUGCAAAAUGUGGACCUCCAUCUGUACGACAGGAUUCGACGUCAACUUCAGCUGGUUCAACAGCUACUGCGAAAGCUCAAGUGGAUUCGGUUAAUGGAUCCUGUCGAGUGAAACCAUUGAGUGAAACGAACCCACAUAUUGAGAAAAUGGAUGAAGAUAUAUUAUAUCAUAUAGCUUUGGGUAAUAAAUCUCACGAUCUAUUGAAUAUGUUCGGCGAUGUAAAGUUUGUUGUUAUGGGCGGUACACCGAAACGAAUGGAACAAUUUGCUUAUUUCAUGGCGAGCCAAUUAAAACACGAGUUACCACCUGGAACCAUUUUGAACGAUAUCAGUAAAAAUUCUCAUAGAUAUUCCAUGUUCAAAGUUGGCCCAAUACUUUCAGUCAGCCACGGCAUGGGUACUCCUUCGAUCGGAAUUCUUCUUCACGAAUUAAUCAAAUUAAUGUCUCACGCCAAUAUCAAGGAUCCUACCUUCGUAAGAGUAGGUACUUGCGGAGGAUUCAAUAAGAAAGCAGGCACAGUAGUCGUUUCAAAUAAAGUCGUCAAUGAUUUCAUGGAACCAUUUUACGAAUUGGCUAUAUUGGGUAAAAAAAUUCGUUUCCCUGCGAACCUCGAUCAGACUGUGGUGAAUGAAAUACUUUCGUCAUCGGACCCGGAAGAUAAAUUUGAAACCGUUGCUGGAGCUACUUAUUGCACCGAUAAUUUUUAUGAAGGUUCUGGUCGCGCGGAUGGAGCAAUAUGCGAAUUUUCCGAGCAAGAUGGUCUAAAUUAUUACAAAGAGUUGCAGAAAAAUGGCGUAGUCAACAUGGAAAUGGAAUCUUUAGCCUUUGCCGCGUUAACUUGUCGAGCAGGAAUAAAAUCUGCCAUUGUUACGGUCAUUUUAAGCGAUCGUUUGGAAACCGAUCAGAUUAAACAAUCGAAAGAAGUUCUCGACGAAUGGCAAACCAGACCGCAGCGAUUACUCGCAAAAUAUAUAAAAAAGAAAUUAUCCAUCAGCGAUGUCGCAGAUUCGACCAGUACUACAAAACUUCCUUCAACUUCUGGUACAGUAACUACUGCCGAAUCUACAGUUUGUGACUCGUGUAGAGGCACCGGAAUAGUUGAAAGUACAACUUCGUUGAAACCUACUUCAACUCGCGCCUAUUCUACUACCGUUUUCGACGUAUCGCAGUGCAAAUCUUGCGGAGGUGCUGGUAGAAUUACAAAUAGCGCCGAUAAUACACCAGGAGUUGGUGGUUCAACUACACCAUCAUGUACUGUUGGCACCAGCACUACCAGCACCACCACCACCACUACCAGUACCGCUAAACCGAACAUCAUUGCUUCUUCUACAGCAACCACGUGCAAAUCUUGCGGUGGCAGCGGCAUAGAAAAGCGAUCUGAUAUUAGCACUAGUGCCCCGAAACCAGCAAUUGGUUCGCCAUCGACUACAUCCAAUUCGACAGCUUGUAAACCGUGCGGAGGUAUUGGUAAAAUCGAAAGUGGCAGUGAUGCUGCCAGUAAACCUACUGAUUUUACAUCGACUACUGCAGCACCUGGUUCAGGAACGUGCCCAACGUGUAAAGGUACUGGCAAAGAGAUACCUGUUGCAGAUGCUGCUAAACCUACAUCGAGACCUUCGUUAGUGCCAAAAUGUACUGGAUCUUUCGAUGCCAGCGCAAAUACUACGAAAUCGAGUAGUGAUCAUAUAUCGACAUCUGCAGCUUCGUCGGUUUGUAAAUCUUGUCUGGGUUCUGGUAAAAGUUCCGAUGCUAAUAUAUCCGCUCAAGCUCCAUCAACGACCACUAGUUCACCAAAUAUGGUCGUUUGUAAAUGUUGCGGUGGAGCAGGGGUUGUUCCGAUUGAUAAAGCUAGUGAUGCAGCUGUUCCAACGAUUAAACCUUUCUUCACUGCUGAGAGUUCUGUCCGCAAAUCUGACCUGGAUUCGUCGAACAAAGAUGGUCAAACUGCAGCCUCCAAUGCUUCGUCUGUAUGUAAACCUUGUACUGCUGGAGGAAGUGGAUCCUCUCCUAGAUCCGAUGGAACAACAACGGCAGCUCCUCAGAUUCAAGCUACGUCUAAUGUCUGUAAGCCUUGCAUUGGUACUGGUACUGGUACUGCAUCUGCAGCAGGUGGUAGUCGCUCUUCAACAUCAACUCCUGGAUUAACGACAACUUCAGCUCCUCGGGUGGACAGUUCAAGCGUGUGUAAACCCUGCAUUGGUUCAUCAACCACUACAUCUGGAUCUACUACAACAACAUCCUCAUCAACUGCAACUGCAACAUCCGCAUCAACUACAACUUCAGCCCCGACUCGGAAAGGUUUUGGUCCAUGUCCAUGUGACAGUGGAUCAGCACCACCACCACCAGCGACUGGUUCAGCGACUGGUUCAGCGACUGGUUCAUCGACCACUACAUCCACAUCAACAACUUCGGCGCCUUACCUGACAGGUUCUGGUCCUUGUAAGCCCUGUGCUAGUGGAUCAACGCCACCGAAGAGCAACGCUUCAACUCCUGCUGCACUCAAUUCGACCACCGAAUUACCUGCUUAUGUGUGUAAACCGUGCAUAUCGAGUGCUAAUCUGCCUCCUGGAGCUGGCGGUGGUACUGCAGCGUCUGCAGUAGGAGGUGCUUCGACUUGUAAGCCUGGUAGCAAUCCACCUACGUCUACUCAAUACGCUCAUUUGCCAGCUGGAGGUGGUCCCACAUUUAGUACGACACCAGCAACUACAACUGGCGCACCUUCCAGUUCAACUGCCACAUCUCAACCUAGUAUCCCAGAUGUUGGAAUAUGUCCACGGAAUACCGGAUGUACUACUUUUGGCACUACAACGUCUCCACCUUGUUUAUCGGUCGAAGCACUAUGUCGAAGGAAUUCUAGAAACGUAAAUUCUGCUACCACAGGUGGUACUUCGACUUGUAAACCUGGCAGUAGUCCUCCAACGGCUCAGUAUCGAGCUUACGACGGAACUAAGCCAAAUACUGCAGAAAUUACUCCCGAUCCAACCUCCACACCGGGUAUUACUAACAACACGCCAACCACUGCUAGUCCUUUCGGAGUAUGUAAACCUUGCAGCGGAGGUAGAGCAACGACUCCCACAAAUGAUUCAACCAGCGCUGCGACCAAAUCCGCUGCCGAUGGCACCAGCGCCUCUGCAAUACAAAGCACCACUAGUAAACCAAAAACAACAAGUACGGAUCCUGAUUCUACAACAUCGACCACAUCCCAACCUUCAGCAAGUGCAGGUGCCGAUUCGAACGCCACAGAUAACGCAACAGGUACGAGUCAACGAAAGCGAUCGAAAUGUGUGCCAUAUACUUGUUACACCCCCGAUAAAACCGAAACUACGCCUCUUCCUACAACACCCAAAACCUAUCUGGCCAAAGACUUCGACAGCAGUAGUAAAUCAACCAUUUCGAACGAUUCAUGGCGUUCUUGUUACCUGAAAUGUUCUUCUAAGGAGCCUUCUUCGGGAGGAGGAAUUUUAUCUUCGAGUAAACCGCAGGGUUUUCAGACACCCGAACAAGAAAAACUAAAAGGUGUGCCUCCAGCUUUAGGACCAUGUUGUAUGCCUAAAGAUGCCAUAGAAUUUCGAGAAGUUCCUCAAGCCAAAGGACGAGCCUGUGUUGCCUGUGAAAAACGAAAAGACUCGAACAUAGAUCAAACCAAAACGACGGAGUCAUCGCUCGAAAAACAGACCUCUAAAGAUCAGAUCAAAACCGAAUCUCCUGUCGAAAGACGACUUUCAAUAGGUCCAGUAAAAGUGCAAUCAGCGCUCGAGAGACGUCCUUCGAUGGGACCCAUGGGUGCCAAAUCAUUGCUCAAAAAAUCUCCGGCAACGGAUCAAGUCAAAACUGAAUCAUCUCUCGAAAGACGAACUUCGUCUGAUGUAACUCGUGUACCAACAAGUUUACCCACAGUUAAACCCGAAGAAGCUGCUACGAUGCGUCCUGUUGACUCGAAUUCGACUUCUACUUGUUCCGGAAGUGAUAACAAGUCGCAGGAACCUUCAACCCGGAGUGAAAAAUCUGAAGCGAGAAGUAAUGGAGGAAGUAAAAUAAAAUCCACUGGUCGUCUUUGUAGAGGAAAUGAAGAAGAUAGUCCGGAUGAAGAUUGUGGCGCUCUCAAAAAACCUCAAACAACCACCAACGCUGAAACGGACUCGAAAUCCAACGCCCCCGGACAACUCGCUGGAAACACCCCAGGAUGCCCAAUCAGUAUCCGAGGCCCAUGUAUCUAUCGUAAGGACAAUGACCAAUCUCAAGGUGAAAUUGUUCGUUUCGAUUGAUCAUCAUAUUCGUUUUCGUAUCAACCAGAGUGAAAUCGCAACCAUGGAAAAACCUCAAAUAGGCGAGGAAAUGCAGCAAAAACAACAAAACGGCGAACUAGUUGAUAAUAUCCGCA